AUGGCGGCCGCCGCCGCGUCCGCGUCCUCGUCCUUCUCCCCGUCCGCGGGGGAGCCGGGGUCGCCGGCGGCGGGGGAGCCGGGCCCUCAGCGGGCGCUGCCGCCCCCUCCGCCCCCGCCGCCGCCGCCCCCGCCGCCCCCGCCGCCCCCCGGCUCCUGUCCGGGUCCGGGUCCGGGCCUGCAGCGGGAGCCGCAGUACAACUGGCAGGCCACCAAGGCCUCGCUCAAGGAGCGCUUCGCCUUCCUCUUCAACACGGAGCUGCUCAGCGACGUGCGCUUCGUGCUGGGCAAGGCCCGCGCGCCGCCGGGGCCUCCGGGGCCUCCGGGAACGGGAGGCGGGCCGCAGCCCCCGCCGCAGCCCCCGCCCCAGCCCCAGCGCAUCCCCGCACACCGCUUCGUCCUGGCCGCCGGCAGCGCCGUCUUCGACGCCAUGUUCAACGGGGGCAUGGCCACCACCUCCGCAGAGAUCGAGCUGCCCGACGUGGAGCCCGCCGCCUUCCUGGCCCUGCUCAGAUUUCUGUAUUCAGAUGAAGUGCAGAUUGGUCCAGAAACUGUAAUGACCACGCUCUAUACGGCCAAGAAGUAUGCUGUUCCUGCCCUGGAAGCUCAUUGUGUGGACUUUCUCACAAAACAUCUUAGAGCAGAUAAUGCCUUUAUGCUCCUAACUCAGGCUCGAUUAUUUGAUGAACCUCAGCUUGCUAGUCUUUGUCUAGACACUAUAGACAAAAGUACAAUGGAUGCAAUAAGUGCAGAAGGUUUUACUGAUAUUGACAUAGACACACUGUGCGCAGUGCUGGAGAGAGACACGCUGAGCAUCCGAGAGAGUCGACUCUUUGGGGCGGUGGUCCGCUGGGCCGAAGCGGAAUGUCAGCGACAACAGUUCCCCGUGACGUACGCCAACAAGCAGAGGGUGCUGGGAAAAGCCCUCCCCUUAAUCCGCUUCCCCCUGAUGACCAUAGAAGAGUUCGCAGCAGGCCCUGCCCAGUCUGGAAUCCUGUCAGAUCGAGAGGUGGUCAACCUCUUCCUCCAUUUCACGGUCAACCCCAAGCCCCGAGUAGAAUACAUCGACCGGCCCCGCUGCUGCCUCCGAGGCAAAGAGUGUAGCAUCAACCGAUUCCAACAAGUGGAGAGCCGCUGGGGGUACAGCGGGACAAGCGACCGCAUCAGGUUCACAGUUAACAGAAGAAUCUCUGUCGUGGGGUUUGGUUUAUACGGCUCUAUUCACGGGCCCACGGAUUAUCAAGUGAAUAUCCAGAUCAUCGAAUACGAGAAAAACCAGACCCUGGGGCAGAACGACACCGGCUUCAGUUGCGACGGAACGUCCAGCACCUUCAGGGUUAUGUUCAAAGAGCCCAUCGAGAUCUUGCCCAACGUGUGCUAUACAGCCUGCGCCACCCUCAAGGGUCCGGAUUCCCACUACGGCACCAAAGGGUUGAAGAAAGUUAUACAUGUAGCAGCAACUGCAAGCAAAACGACCUUCUUGUUUUUUAGUUCGCCCGGCAACAACAAUGGGACAUCGAUAGAAGAUGGACAGAUACCAGAAAUAAUAUUUUAUACGUAAUUGGGCACGACAGCUCAUCUCCGCUUAUAGCGGCAAGCAUCUUAAUGGCACAAAGAACUAGCCACUAAUGAUAGUUUCGAGUGUUUGAAAUGCUCCUAAUUUUAACAUGCAGUAAGAAACAUUUUAGUUUCUUGCGAGAGAUUUAGAAAAAGCCUAUUUUUGCUCUGCAUGGGCAUCAGCUGGGUAGAAAAAUCUUCAGCAAAAUUUUCAUUUCCUUAGAAGCCUGGAAGAAGACAUCAGGGCAGCUAGCAGUUGUUUGAAAGUACUGGUUUUUCACCUGUUUAAUUUCAUUAGUCAGUUUGGUUGGCUCAUGGCCUUUUGGUGGUUUUUGGAAUUGACAGAUCCUUGCUUUCUAAGGACGGUUUUCUUUUUUUGUUCGGUGGUUUUUGUUUUUUGUGUUUCCCACCGUUACGAGGAAUAUGUUGAAGAAUGCUGGUCCAUGAUGGCUUAGCAAGACCCUCUUCCAAAACAUCUUGGUAACGCCGGUUACCUCUGUUUUGGAGAAGUGUGAGAACUGGACGGUUGCCUUUUUUUUUUUUAAGGUUCGUGGGGAAAUCCCAUGAAGUGUCAAACCGGCAUUAAGCUGCCCGGGUGAGAAAUCCGGGCCAUCUGUUUUUAAGAAAUGACCCGUUUGUAGAAGGUCAAGUCAGCUAGUCACCUAGCAGAGCCUUCCACAUUGUAAAUAAGCUGCAGUCACGUACGUCGCAACUUGCGACGACGUACAACGUAAAAACCGAACGGUCUACGUCAAGACCCUGAACGGCGUUAUUCGCGGUGUCAGACGCGAGCGGUUACAAGGCAUUAAGAGGAAGAUGUUUCUGGCCCUUGGCGGUCUCCCGCAAUAGCAGGAGGUUAGCGCGGGACUCACAGAAGCCAUCAGCAUCGCCUUGUCGGGGCUUCGUAGCUGUCCCGUUGCUAAUUUCCUAAAUGCCGAGAGAUCCGCAGCCAACAAGGCGGAAAUGGAUUUAGCCUAUUUUCACCCAUUCUCCCAAUCUUUUCAUAUCCAAAAGGGUUCUUAGAAUUCUUGGGGCUUAUCCUUUUGCCCCCCUCAAAGAGCAGAGUGGAAGGAUGUAGGGUGGAGUAGCGUUCACAGCCUCUUAGAAGAAAGUAAAUGAAGAUAGAAAUCCCAAUCCCCCACCCCCCCUCCCCCGCCCCAAAAAGCUGUUAUCUUGCGUGAAAUUCUGCAGGAGCGAUAAAUAUCCAUCUCAGUGACCAAGAGGGUUUUAGAAAGUGACUGAGAGCGAUUCAGGUAGUCAAAAGGCUGAGUGACUUUUCUUCUGAAAUCUUUCUUCAGCUUAUAUGCCUGUUUUUAGGGGGGGAAGGAAUGUUAAAGGAGCUGACAGAAAAGACUGCUGCCCCGAGCCUCAGCAACUCCAAGCAGGAAUCUAAAGUCACAGAAAGGAGAUGGAAUUACACCUACAUCUCACUCCUCCUGCAGCAAUAAGCGACACGCCUGCUGUCUUGGGCCAAUGGGUAGUUUUUGUUCGGUGUUCCCUUCUGCUUCCCCAUCGGAAAGUGGGCGGAAUGUUCUCUCUCUGUCUCCUAGAAAACUUUCCCUCCUCCUCCUUCCCCCACUUCCCAGCAAGUUCACCGCAGGGAGGGCGGCUAUGUCCGGACGUUAAAUCUUCCGUCGACUCUUCCCGCUGAUGGCAACAUAGUUUUAUCUAGCAGUCAGAAUUCGGUCUCCGCUCCGCCACCGAUCAAAAGGGGGUCCCGUUGUCUUUAAAAUCUCAUCCAUGUGGCUACUGCCAGGCAUCUGGGGGGGGUGGGGGGGGACGACACUAGGUGGUACAGAAGGGCCCCUUGGAGAAUCCAGAAAAAUGGUUAACGGAGUUCAACCAGCAUCUCCUAUUAGUACAUCACUCUUGUGAAGCAACAUCUGUAAAUAAAUUCAUUGUACAAAACAGA